AAUUUAAUUUAGUCUAAUUGAAACCUUCCUCGAUCGAACAAUGAAGAGCGUCAUUGGAAUCUCGCUAUUUAGUUUUUUCGCAAUCGUUGCGUCCGAUGAUGUGUACAAAUUAGAAACGAAAUACAUCGAUGUACCUAUAGAUCAUUUCAGUUACACAAGCGACGCCACUUUCAAAUUGCGGUAUCUUAUUAACGAUACUCACCAUGACAAAGGAGGACCGAUAUUUUUUUACACUGGAAACGAAGGAAAUAUUAACAGUUUUGCUCAAAAUACCGGCUUUAUUUUUGAUAUAGCUGAACCGUUCGAUGCUCUUAUUGUUUUUGCUGAACACAGAUUCUAUGGAGAAUCGAUGCCGUUUGGUAAUCAAUCGUACGUUUCUCCGAAGAAUUUGGGUUACUUAACAUCGCAGCAGGCCUUGGCUGAUUUUGUCUACGUAAUAGAUCAUCUUCAGAAUGAGUACAAAAGUCGGUGGAACGGAAAGAAAUUACCAGUUAUAGCGUUCGGUGGAUCGUACGGGGGAAUGCUUUCCGCUUACAUUAGAAUGAAAUACCCAGCUUCAGUAUUGGGCGCCAUCGCCAGUUCGGCGCCGAUCUGGCAGUUCAAUGGUCUGACCCCUUGUGAGGACUUUUACAGGAUAACCACCGGCGUAUACGCGUCCUAUUCCCCGAAAUGCGCAAAUACCAUCAAAAACUCAUGGAAAGCAAUAAGGUCUUUUACGCAAACGCCUGAUAAUAAAAAAAACUUGACUUCCUUGUGGAAGCUCUGCAACACCCCAUCAACAAGCGACGACAUCGAUAAAUUGGUAGGAUGGUAUUCGGAAAUACUGGUAAACAUGGCGAUGGUAAAUUACCCGUACCCAACCAACUUUCUAACGAAUCUGCCAGCUUACCCAAUAUUGCAAUUCUGCUCCACGUUGGAUAGCUACACUUGGUCGGACGAUUACAGCCUAUUGAAAUCCAUCGGGGAUUCCCUCCAAAUCUACACCAACUACACGAAAAGCGCCAAGUGCAACGACAUCAACGAAACGUCCUCGAAUGUAGGAGAAAGCGGUUGGGACUUCCAGGCCUGCACGGAAAUGGUGAUGCCUAUGUGCUCCGUGGACUCGGAUAUGUUCGAAAACGCAGCCUGGGAUUUCAACAAGUAUACAAACGAUUGUAGCAAGAACUUUAACGUGCGACCUCGGUCGCAGAAUGAGCCAAUAUUGGAGUACGGGGGCAAAGACAUCAGCACUGCCAGCAACAUUGUCUUUAGCAAUGGGUUGUUGGACCCUUGGUCGAGCGGUGGUGUUUUGAGACGCAUCAAUGACAACAUCAAGAUUGUCGUUUUGCCCGACGGGGCGCAUCAUUACGACCUCAGAGGUAAAAACGAUGAAGAUACUUCGUCCGUAAAGAUGGUGAGGAGUUUCCAUGCCAAGGAAAUCAAGAGGUGGUUGAAGAAAUAUUACGAAAACUAUGCGCAAGUACAUGUCAUAUAAAUUUUUAUAAUAAAAUAGACUAUUUUCUGAUUUUGAACAGUCCAUAAUGUUUUUGCGGGAUUCCAUAUUUCAUUUAUUGAUUUUGGUUUCAUGGUAAAUUUAAGGCACUCUCUACUUAUCGUUACGUUAAUUUCUGUAGCAUUGUGUAGAUGGCCUUACUUGAUUCUUAUGUAGAUGCUCUGUGGUUAUAUCAACAGGAAAUUCAACUCUAUUCGUACAGAUGGACGUACUAGUAUCUAAUUUCAUUUGCGUAUGGAUUCAAUUAUUAUUCACUUGAUCUUCCUACUUUAUACAAACAAAUAUUUAUUUAGGC